AUGGAGAGCUUUCAUGACAAUGAUUUUUCGGAUAUAGACGACACAGAAAUGGAAUAUAUGAUGGGAUUUAAUGAAACCGUGAAUGAUUCAGAUAUUUCUAUGUCUAGUGACGAUGAUUCUGACGACGAUGUGCCUUUAGUUGACUUAAUUCAGCGACAGAAUGUGAACCGACGUGACGAGGAAGUGGGUGGGGUACAAGAAUGGAGUGCAAAUUUUAGACCGAUAAAUGUUAACGUUUUCAGUGGAAAUCCGGGACCUUCCGUGAUUAUGGAUGUAAAUAAAACUGAAAUGGAAUUUUUUAAUUUAUUAUUCACACCCCAGAUGAUUCAACAAAUCGUGGAUGAGACCAACAAAUAUGCAACAAAAAAGCAGCUGGAGAAACCUGACGAUAAAUGGAGGAACGUUACAUUUAGUGAAAUAAGAGCCUAUCUUGGAUUUCAGAUUGUGAUGGGGAUUAUUGCAGCACCCAAUUUGGAUAUGUACUGGAGUAGUGAUCCUAUGUUUAGUCCAUGUGGAAUAAAAGAGAGAAUGACACGCGAUCGGUAUGAUAAAAUCAGUAAGUACUUCCACGUAGCUGACACAUCAUGCAAUCCGGCACGCGGACAACCAGGCCAUGACAAACUUUCACAUGUUCGACCGAUUCUUGAAGCCGUGCGUGUAAAUUUGAUGGCCAAUUAUAAACCGCACCGUGAAACGACAGUUGAUGAGGCUAUGAUUGGAUAUACCGGUCGCUUAGGAUUCAAACAAUAUGUGCCAAUGAAGCCGACUAAACGUGGGAUCAAAGUGUGGGUAAGGGCGGACCCUCACAAUGGAUAUGUGAAUGACAUUCAAGUGUAUUUAGGUAAGGAGAACCGUGACGGAGACAAGGGUUUAGGGGAACGAGUUGUGAUGGAUUUAGUAACACCAAUUUUGAAUCGCGGACAUCAUGUGUAUUGUGACAAUUAUUUCACUACGGUAGGACUAUUCGAGGAAUUACAACAGCAAGGAACUUACGCGUGUGGAACAUUUAGAUCCAACAGACGAGGAAUUCCGGACGAAAUAAAACAGCAGAAGCUGAAGGAACAAGGGACAUCUAUCACGAUGCAGAAAGGAAACAUGGUUGCGACAGCUUGGAGGGACAAGAAGACCGUAUUCAUUUUAUCUACAAACUUCGAUCCAACAACGCCGAGGACAACAGUUCAACGAAGGCAGAAAGACGGAAGUCAGAAAGAUGUUUCUUGCCCGGAGUCUGUACGAAAUUACACAAAGUACAUGAACGGUGUUGACCAUGCGGAUCAGCUACGGGCAAUGUACAGUCUAGCGCGCAAGUCAGCCAAGUGGUGGAAAUAUCUUUUCUGGUUUUUAGUUUAUCUUGCCAUAGUUGGAGCCUAUAUUCUGAUGAAGGAAUCACCAAAUCACCAACAGAAGACAAGAACAGGAAAACCUAAGCCACUGACACAACUGGAUUUUCGAAAGAAACUCGCGAAGCAGCUACUUGGGAACUUUAUGCAGUAA